AUGGGAGAGAGUUCGGGCUAUAAAGAUUACAUAGCAGGUGUAUUAGCUGGAGUUGCCACUGUUGUUGUUGGUCACCCUUUUGAUACUGUCAAGGUGAAGCUCCAAAAGCACAAUACAGAAGCUAGUGGAUUGAAGUACAAGAAUGGCUUGCACUGUGCUGCUAGAGUUCUGAAGACUGAAGGAGUCCAAGGACUGUAUCGAGGUGCAACAUCUUCUUUUCUGGGGAUGGCUUUUGAGAGUUCACUUGUUUUUGGCAUUUACUCGCAAACAAAACAGUUUCUUCAGGGUGGAGAGCAAAGUGGCAAGCCACAGCCUUAUGCAAUAAUACCUUCCGCAGCUUUUGGUGGAGCUGUAAUUAGCUUUAUAUUAUGUCCAACGGAACUUGUGAAGUGUAGGAUGCAAGUUCAAGGCACUGAUUCCUUGGUUGCAUGUCCCAGUAGAUACAGUGGUCCUCUCGACUGCGCCCUUAAAACAGUGAAGGCUGAAGGGCUUACAGGCAUAUUUCGGGGAGGCAGUGCCACGCUGAUGAGAGAGUCAUUGGGUAAUGCAACAUUCUUUUUGGUCUACGAGCACGUGCGCCACCACAUGCAUUUACGACUGAAAGAUGCUUCAAUUAGUCGUACUCACUUGACCGAUGUUGGGAUUGGGAUACUGAGUGGUGGUCUUGGUGGUAUAGCGUGUUGGUGUGUUGUCUUGCCUUUGGAUGUUGCCAAGACAAUAAUACAAACUACCCAAGAUAGAAACUCUACUAGGAACCCAUUCCAGAUUUUAACAUCAAUCUACAGGAGCUCAGGCCUCAGAGGGUGUUAUGCAGGACUCGGUCCAACUGUAAUAAGGGCAUUUCCUGCAAAUGCAGCUGCGAUUGUGUCAUGGGAGUUUGCUGUCAAAAUGUUGGGAAUAAGACGUGACUGA